AUGAAUUACAGCUCCGAAAUGAUUACAUCAAUCAAAGAAUGGUUGUCCAUCUGCGAUAAUUCCCAUACCGCGUGCAAAGAUCCAUCGAAUGCACAGUCAGCCAGGCCUACUUGGCUAAUCGAUAUUCAGGACCAAUGUAUUGUACAAGGAAAUGCGCAAGGAAGAUACAUUGCUCUCAGUUAUACUUGGUCCGAUGUCAUGGGUUUGCCCAAGGAUGUGGAACCCCUGCAACUAACCAUUAGCAAUGUCCAUGAGAUGAAAACACCCGGCGCCCUUCGCAAAGAAGCAUCGAAGUUACCCAAUGUUAUCAAGGACGCGAUGGAGUUGACCUCUGGAAUGGGAGAACGGUGGCUAUGGGUGGAUAGGCUCUGCAUCGUUCAGGAUGGGCCGCAGAAGAAAUCGGAAUGCAUGCGUAUGGACCAUAUUUACUCUGGCGCAUAUUUGACCAUUGUUGCUGCUACAGACUAUGAUGGAAGAUACCAUGAUGAUACUGUUUACCAUAUAUCGGACAUAGACAAUAUGGCUAUUGUUCCAAAUAUCAUACACCUCUACAAGAGGCUGAGACAUUCAAGAUGGGCUCAGAGGGCUUGGACCUACCAAGAAUACAUCCUCAGCAAACGGGUCGUCUUCUUCCUCAAGACGGACUUCUAUUCGCAGAAGACGGAAAUCUUUUGGCAAUGCGAGAUUUCGAUCUGGGACCAAGUUUCUCUCCAAGCAUAUCAGGAUAAACAGUCAUCAGUUGCAACACUUAUGGCGGCGACACACUCGACAGUUCUCAGAAACCUCGGAACUCCAGUGAACCCCGAUUUCGAGCUAUAUAGAGAUGUAAUAUGUCCCUACAACGGGCGGUACCUCUCCUAUCAGGAGGAUGGUCUAUCUGCAUGUUUGGGAAUCCUAAACAGGCUUGAACCAGCAUUUCCCGGAGGCUUUAUUUUUGGUCUUCCGAGGCUUUAUUUCGACCAUGCCCUGCUUUGGCAGCCACUCAAAACGCCUUUCCUUUGUGGUUACUUCGGAAAUCAGCUUCGUCGAUUAUCGACCCGUCGACCGUCGCUACCGUCCUGGGCGUGGUGUGGUUGGCAAUGCUUUGUUGACCCCACGAGCCUCCUAAAAGCCUUCAGCCUAAGUCAACCUUCGGAUCAAAUAUUCGGAACAAAUCUUCGGACGUUGGAGAAUCUCGUUACCUGGAAGCCCGCCGGCGCAGACGGCAAAGAUAGGAAAGUCCUAAGCCAAAGAUCAAAACCUUCAUCUUCGCAGUCGAAUCUGAUAACAGCCCGAGUUGCAAGCGCAUGUUUCUUUUCUGCAGCCACGCUUGCACUUGCACGGUGGGGUGGCCAAGCCUAUGAUGACAGUUUUUCAGCGUUUACUAGAGCUUCUGCUAAUACAGUGCUCGGUGAAAAACCAUUGAAUGAUUUGCCAAGAGUGGUUGUCGUCCAAGACCACUCUGGUCUGUUCUCAGGGUUGCUGCGGGUAACAGGAAACUCGACUCGUGAAGAAGGCCAAGAAAUGAAGUUCAUAGCCGUUUCCCAGGGACGUGCAAAUGGCCGAAAUCUAAACAAAAGCUUCGAAGAAAAGGUUUUUCGUCGAAGUAGAUAUCAUGACGGAAGGCCAUUUCUGCCGCUCUACGAUGAAUAUGAGCGGUGGAUAGGCAUUCAUGUCGACAGCCCGGGCACUGUGACUGCUCAUGGAACGUAUCAUGUUACUGCAGAAGGUGUCUGUAAGCCUAGUUUUGACCCUCCAGUUGCGGUAUAUGACGAUCAGACCGUUUAUGAGUUUUUUAAUGUUCUCUGGGUCGAAGAUGGGGAAGACGGAGUCUCAUACAGAGCCGGCUGUGGCUACGUGUUGAAGGAUCGCUGGGAAGGAAUGGCGCCUAUUGAAACAGACAUCACCCUUGGCUAA